AUGCAGGACUGUCCUCUGUCCUCGCGGUUGUUCACACAGUUCCAUAGGGAUUGUGGGAUAGUGGAGGUUAAUGAAUUUGAUUGGUUGGGUGGCUGUGCAAAUGAGUGUGCGGGCAUCUCAAGUGAGCCCGGCGAGGAGAGCGAGGCGGUUGGUGUGCCGGCUUCACAUCAUUUGGACAUGGCAGUGAGCCUGUUGUUGUGA